AUGAACCAGACACUUUCUCUGACAAAACCCAGCUUUUGUUUCUCUCAUCUCUCUCCUCUGGCCAGCCUGCAGACACCCACUUUGUUGGAAGGGGCACAGCUUAACACCUCCAGGGUUGCGCAGGAUAAGCAGCAAAGAGAUGACUUUUAUGUCAAUCUUGGCGUUGCUGUACGCACUCUUCGUGAAGACAUCCCUUUAAUUUUCGCGGAAGACCUUAAUUAUGACAUUUAUAGGGAUGAUAUAACAUUUACGGAUCCCUUGAACACAUUCACUGGCAUUGAGAAUUACAAAUUGAUCUUCUGGGCAUUGAGAUUUCAUGGCAAGAUUCUGUUCCGUGACAUUUCACUUGAGGUUUAUAGGAUUUGGCAGCCUUCAGAGAAUGUGAUAUUGAUAAGGUGGAACAUGAAGGGUGUUCCUCGGGUUCCAUGGGAAGCACAGGGUCAGUUUCAGGGCACCUCGCGAUAUAAACUAGAUCGAAAAGGAAAAAUAUAUGAACACAAAGUCGAUAACUUGGCAUUUAAUUUCCCGCAGAAGCUCAAACCAGCUGCAUCAGUGUUAGAUUUAGUGGCAGCAUGCCCUCCUAGUCCUAACCUGACGUUUUUGUGGGGUCCUGCGGAUGUGUACUCGUCUUCAUGGGUGGAGUUUUAUCGAGCAGUGAGGGGGACUUUGUAUCGAGAUUGUUUCUUGCUUCCGCAAGAUGGUUUGGUUAGCUAA